AUGUUUUCCGGAACAAGACAACAAUCCAAACUCUUCACAAAAUCGAUAUCACAAGUUUCUAAAAGAUUCAAUUCAUCACAUAAUCACCAUCACCAUGAACCAGAAUCAAAGCCAUUGGAAAUAACUUUUGCCAAAAUAUUUAGUGUUGCUGCCAUAGCAGGAGGUCUUUUGGUUUAUAAGAAUAAAGAUAAAACCGACAAACCAUUAUUUUCUUCCAAAUUUUUUGACGAAAUUACCACUGGAGAACGUAGCCAUUUAAGAGAUGAACAAUAUGAAAGAAAAUAUAAGAUUGGGUACCUUAGAACUUUUGACAGGGAUAAUGGUGGUCUAGGACAACAAUUGAAUAAAGUUUCUGCUUACGAAUUGCCAAAUAACAACUUGAUUCCUGCACAUUCUCCAUUUGGGAAUCAAUUUGGAGUUGGUAUCAAGACCAAUGAAUUAGGACCAAGAAGAGAAAGAGCACAACGUUUCGCUCCUCUUCAACAAGCAGUUGAAAAUUAG